ACAGGCCCAUGAAACGUUGCCGUUUGGCAUUCGUGGUGUGGCUCCACCUCUGACUAAGGGGAGAGUCAGACUCAGAAUAAAAAUCACACAUAUCUACCUAUCAUCACAUAUCUUCUUCUUGUUCUUAGUUCUCAAAGGUGAAGUAAAUAGAAACGAAUGCAGUGUGAUAGGUUUGAAGCAACUGGAGAUGGAGAGUUUGCUAAUGAAGGAUUUCGAAUUGGAUCACAAAGAUCGUUCCUCCGAAGCUUUGAGUCGAUGGAGAUCUGCAGUUUCCGCAUGGCUCGUCAAAAACCCUCGCAGAAGGUUCCGCAUGGUCGCAGAUCUCGCCAAACGCAAACAAGCUCUUGACAAACACCGCAAAAUACAGGGAAAGAUUCGGGCUGUUAUCUAUGCUAAACAGGCAGCACAACAUCUAAUGGACGCUAUUGGUCCAGCUGAUUAUAAGCUAUCAGAAAGUACCAAAGAAACUGGUUUUGGUAUUGAACCAGAUGACAUUGCAUCACUUGUUCGAAGCCACGAUUACAAGAACUACAAAAAAAUUGGUGAAGUUGAAGGGAUAAUAGACAAGCUCUCAGUCUCAGUCGAUGAAGGUGCUAGUGGAGAUAGUAUAGAUAGCAGGCAAGAGAUUUAUGGAGUGAACCGUUAUACUGAAAAACCUUCUAAAAGCUUCUUGAUGUUUGUUUGGGAAGCAUUGCAUGACUUAACACUAAUCCUUCUCAUGGUUUGUGCUGUAGUUUCUAUAGCUAUAGGACUUCCUACUGAAGGGUGGCCAAAGGGUGUUUAUGAUGGUCUAGGAAUCAUACUUAGUGUCUUCUUGGUAGUCAUUGUUACUGCUAUCAGUGACUACCAGCAAUCCCUUCAGUUCAGGGAUUUGGACAAAGAGAAGAAAAAGAUCUUUGUUCAAGUCACAAGGGAUGGAAAAAGACAGAAAGUCUCAAUUUAUGAUUUGGUUGUGGGAGAUAUUGUUCAUUUGUCAACUGGUGAUCAAGUUCCAGCUGAUGGAGUAUAUAUAUCAGGAUAUUCAUUGGUGAUUGAUGAGUCAAGUUUGACAGGUGAGAGCGAACCGGUAAAUGUAGACGAGCAAAGACCUUUUCUUCUUUCUGGAACCAAAGUGCAAGAUGGUCAAGGGAAGAUGAUAGUUACAACUGUUGGCAUGAGGACUGAAUGGGGAAAGUUGAUGGAUACUCUAAAUGAGGGAGGAGAGGAUGAGACCCCACUGCAGGUUAAAUUACAUGGGGUUGCUACAAUUAUUGGUAAAAUUGGUUUGACUUUUGCUGUGCUGACAUUUGUGGUGUUGGCAAUAAGGUUUGUGGUUGAAAAAGCAGUUAAUGGUGAAUUUGGUAGUUGGUCUUCAGAUGAUGCAUUGAAGCUGCUAGACUACUUUGCUAUUGCUGUAACCAUAAUAGUUGUUGCAAUUCCUGAAGGAUUGCCAUUGGCUGUGACAUUAAGUCUUGCUUUUGCAAUGAAAAAAUUAAUGAAUGACAAGGCACUUGUGAGACAUCUUUCUGCCUGUGAGACUAUGGGUUCAGCUACUUGCAUCUGCACAGAUAAAACAGGAACAUUGACUACUAACCAUAUGGUGGUUAAUAAAAUUUGGAUAUGUGAUAAGAGCAUGGAGAUUAAUGGUAAUGAGAGUGUUGACAAAAUGAAAACAGAAAUAUCUGAAGAAGUCUUAGGCAUCCUUUUGCAGGCUAUAUUUCACAAUACUUCUGCUGAAGUAGUUAAGGACAAAGAUGGAAAUAAGACAAUAUUAGGAACACCAACAGAAACAGCAUUAUUGGAAUUAGGCUUGCUUUCAGGUGGUGAUUUUGAUGCACAGCGUAGGGAAUAUAAGAUACUUAAGGUUGAACCUUUCAAUUCAGUCCGAAAGAAGAUGUCUGUGCUUGUUGGUCUUCCUGAUGGAGGGGUCCGAGCUUUCUGCAAAGGUGCUUCAGAAAUAGUAUUAAAAAUGUGUAACAAAAUUAUUGAUCAUAAUGGAACAGUUGUUGAUCUAUCUGAUGAGCAAGCAAAGAAUGUCUCUGAUGUUAUAAAUGGCUUUGCCUCUGAAGCUUUGAGAACUCUUUGUUUAGCUGUCACAGAUGUAAAUGAAACUCAAGGGGAAACCAACAUCCCUGAUGAUUGCUAUACUCUGAUAGCCAUUGUGGGAAUUAAGGAUCCUGUUCGCCCUGGAGUUAAGGAAGCUGUUCAAACUUGUUUAGCUGCUGGAAUAACUGUCCGUAUGGUCACUGGUGAUAACAUUAACACGGCUAAGGCCAUAGCUAAAGAAUGUGGCAUACUUACUGAGGGUGGUAUAGCCAUAGAAGGACCACAAUUUCGUGACUUGUCUCCAGAGCAAAUGCAGGAUAUUAUACCAAAAAUUCAGGUAAUGGCGCGAUCCUUACCUCUGGACAAGCAUACUUUAGUAACCCGUUUGAGGAGUAUGUUUGGUGAGGUUGUAGCUGUUACUGGUGAUGGAACCAACGAUGCUCCUGCACUGCAUGAGUCAGAUAUUGGACUUGCCAUGGGCAUAGCUGGAACCGAGGUUGCCAAAGAAAAUGCGGAUGUCAUUAUAAUGGAUGAUAACUUCACUACUAUUGUCAAUGUGGCCAGAUGGGGACGAGCCAUAUACAUAAACAUUCAAAAAUUUGUGCAGUUUCAGUUAACAGUUAAUGUUGUUGCUCUGGUUAUUAACUUUGUUUCCGCUUGCAUCACAGGAUCUGCUCCACUUACAGCUGUUCAGUUGCUUUGGGUCAACUUGAUUAUGGACACACUGGGUGCUUUGGCUUUGGCCACUGAACCUCCUAAUGAUGAACUUAUGAAAAGACCCCCAGUUCGAAGGACAACAAAUUUUAUCACCAAGCCCAUGUGGAGGAAUAUUUUUGGUCAAAGUUUAUAUCAACUAAUUGUCCUUGGUGUUCUCAAUUUUGAUGGAAAGAGGCUACUGAAAAUCAGUGGGCCAGAUGCAACUAUGGUGCUCAACACUCUGAUAUUCAACUCCUUCGUAUUUUUCCAGGUUUUCAAUGAAAUCAACAGCCGAGAAAUUGAAAAGAUAAACAUAUUCAGAGGCAUAUUUGAGAGCUGGAUAUUUUUUAUGGUAAUUAUCUCCACAGUGGUAUUUCAAGUAAUCAUAGUUGAAUUUCUGGGAGCAUUUGCCAGCACAGUGCCUCUAAGCUGGCAAUUCUGGUUACUCAGCGUGGUACUUGGAGCAGUGAGCAUGCCUAUAGCUGCUAUCCUUAAGUGCAUACCAGUUGAAAGGGGAUAUACUAAAAACCACCAUGAUGGUUAUGAAGCACUGCCUUCUGGUCCCGAGAUGGCAUAAAAUAUGGCAAGAGUAUGACUUUGUCCUUUGAUUUUCUUUUGUACAAACAUGGAUGAAAUUUUGGUGUUUGUGGCCGCAUACAUGUUUUUGUCUUUAGUUUUUCAGAAACUAACGGAAAAAAUAGAGGGAAAGUCCACACACCUGAUCUAGUAUUUUUAGGAAGGUAGAAAGAAACUCUUGUCUUGUAAACUACUUUGUAUCCGACCAUGUGCAACACUUUUUGCAUAUGUUGAAAAAUUCAAACCAGAUCAGUCGGUUCAAUACGCGAACUAGCCAAUUAGCCUGUCUAAUCAAUACAAUAGAUUGGUUGUAUAUUUAGGUGCGUUUGAACAAGUUUAUCAAUAACUUAUUAUAAUAGUUUGUGACACAUUUAUAAGAGGUCUAGAGAAGUGUUGUAACGGUACUGGUACGUGUUAAAUUAGAGAUGGCAAAAGGGUAGUGUUCUUGCAAAG